AUGGCCGUGUCCAACCCUGCUUGUUCCCUCGACUCCGCUACCAACCACCAAUCUCCAACAGGGACCUUAACCUGUAUCACAAGACACCUCAUAGUGAGCUACAGUGUUACUGUGAAAGAGGAGGAGGAUGCAGUUUUUGGAGUGAAGAAGGAAGGGGAGAUUACUGUCACAUUGAAAGAUGAAGAGGAGAUAGGGGAUCUGAUUAACACCAGAGAGAGACGGGACAGUUGUGGAUCCUCUGGGGAGCCUCAACAACAUCAUGAUGCUGACAAGGCAGAGAAGAGUCUCUCCAGUUCAGAACACCUCAAGAAACACCAGCAGAGACCCACAGGGAAGAAAUCUCAUUGCUGCUCUGACUGUGGGAAACGUUGCAAAUAUUCAUCAGACCUUAAAAUACACCAGCGAGUACACACAGGAGAGAAGCCUUAUAGCUGUAAUCAAUGUGGGAAGAGUUUUACUCAUUCAACCAACCUGAUAUCACACCAGAGAACACACACAGGAGAGAAACCUUAUAGCUGUGAUCAAUGUGGGAAGAGUUUUACUCAGUCAAGCGCCCUGAAAUCACACCAUAAACUACACACAGGAGAGAAACCGUUUAGCUGUGAUCAAUGUGGGAAGAGAUUUGUUAAGUCUAGCAAUCUGACAGUACACCAGAGAACACACAAAGGAGAUAAACCUUUUAGUUGUAAUCAAUGUGUGAAAGGUUUUAUUACGUCUAGAGAUCUGACUGUACACAAGAGAACACACACAGGAGAGAAACCUUAUAGCUGUGAUCAAUGUGGGAAGAGUUUUAUUACAUCUAGCCAUCUGACUAGACACCAGCGAGUUCACACAGGAGAGAAACCAUUCCACUGUUCAGAUUGUGGAAAAAGAUUCUCAACUUCACAGAUUUUGAAGAUGCACCAGAAAACACACACAGGAGAGAAAUCGUAUAGCUGUGAUCAAUGUGGGAAGAGUUUUACUCAGUCAAGCUCCCUGAUAUCCCACUGUAAACUACACACAGGCGAGAAACCUUUUAUCUGUGAUCAAUGUGGGAAGAGAUUUAUUAAUUCUAGCAAUCUGACAGUACACAAGAGAAAACACACAGGAGAGAAACCUUUUAGUUGUAAUCAAUGUGGGAAAAGUUUUAUUACAUCUAGCUAUCUGACUAUACACCAGCGGAGACACACAGGAGAGAAACUUCACCACUGUUCAGAUUGUGGAAAAAGCUUUUCAACAUCACAUACUUUGAAGAUGCACCAGAAAUCACACACAGGAGAGAAAUCUUAUAGCUGUGAUCAAUGUGGGAAGAGUUUUACUCAAUCAAGCUCCCUGAAAUCCCACCAUAAACUCCACACAGGAGAGAAACCUUUUAGCUGUGAUCAGUGUGGGAAGAGAUUUAUUAUGUCUGGCAGUCUGACAGUACACCAGAGAACACACACAGGAGAGAAACCUUAUAGCUGUGAUCAAUGUGGGAAGAGUUUUACUACAUCUAGCUAUCUGACUAUACACCAGCGGAGACACACAGGAGAGAAACCUUAUAGCUGUGUUCAAUGUGGGAAGAGAUACUCUGAUAAAAGUUAUCUGAUCAAACAUCAGAAAAUACAUACAUGA